AUGGGCUCAGGCGGUACAAAACUUUUAUCUUAUGAAGAAGCCUGUAAACGUUUUUCUCCCUCUGACCUUGAACGAAUUGAAUCUACAUUUCGCGAUAUAACAAAUGGAUCAGGUGAACUUGGAUACACGAAUUUUAAACGAGACGUUCUUGGAAAUUUUCUUCCCGAAAAACUUGCUACGCGUUUAUAUCAAGUAUGUGCAGCGAUAAUUUAUUAUGGAAAACCAAAAGAACGCAUGCAACUUUUAUACGCUAUUUUUACAUAUCAACAUUCGACACUAUAUCGACAAGAUGUCGAAGAGUUUAUUUCACAGUGUGGUGAAACAAUACCCGAGGAAUUGCAAACGUUAUUUCUCAACGAUCAAAUUGUCUCACAAGAAAGUUUCGUUAAUUGGCUUGAACGGCAUCAUGGACACACAACCAUACUAACUGAUUGGCUAAUGGAUGAUAAUAGAUUGCAUGAACUAACAUCUGUCAUCAUCGAUGAUCGAAGUGAUCAAUUUGUGAUAUUAGCUGGUGUAACACAUUUAAACGAUAAAGAAGUGUUGGAUUUGGAACGUUGUUAUAACAUUCAACUACAUUCUCAUCCUCAAAAACAAUUGAAUAUUGAAACAUUUUCCAAACUAUUAUCACCUGUACUCCCUCCAAUUCUCAUUCCAGGGUUUUUUGAUGCGUUCGACGAGAACCAAGAUGGUACUAUUGAUUUCAAAGAGUUUGUAUGUGGAAUCAGUGCGGCAUGUCGAGGUCCUGAUAUUGAACGAUUUAAAUUUCUAUUUAAAGUAUUUGAUCGUGAUCGUGAUCAUUUAUUAAAUAAAUCAGAUGUUAUUCAUAUGGCAUCGUGUUUGAUCGACGUAGCACAAUUUACAUAUCAUAUGACAUUUUUUCAUGCCCACGAUUCGCCUGAAGAACUUGCUGAAAGUGUGUUAAAAGACAAUGGACAGAACGAUAUUCUUAAACAAGAAGAUUUUCUAGGAUGGUGUCAAAAAGAAUCUCUUAUAUCUGACUUACUCAAUUUAAUAUUUCAAAUUUGUCAUGUUGUGUUGGGUCUAAGACCUUCCAGUAAUGAAGAAGAAGCAUCGAUAAUCAAGACAUUUCUUAAGCGUGAACAAUAUCCAUUUAUUGAAGCUCAACCCUGUGUAUCAUCAAAAGUUUAUCAUUGGAUUAAUCAAAAUCGUUCGAUGACAAAAUUUGGUUCUAAUUGGUAUUUGAUUAAUAUUGAAUGGUGGAGACAAUGGGAACAAAAGAUUGGUAUAAAAUAUAAUUCACAAAUGACUAUAAAAAAUCAAAAUUAUUAUAAUCAGUCAGCAUCCGAUAUUCAACAAUUAACAACAUCUUCACCAUUAAAUAAAACUCGUUCAGUAUCGAAAUUAACAAAAAAUUCCUCCUCAAAACCCAUUCAAAAUGGUUCUAUCACUGAUUUAAGUAAACCAAGUCAAAUUGAUAAUCUGCCUUUAUUGGAAAGAACUUCAUCAAAUAAAUUUCCAAGUGUGAAUGAUGAAUGCAUUCAAUUAAAACCGUUCUUGAAACAUCUUCAAGAUUUUGAAAUGGUUCCAGAAUUACUGUGGAAUUUUAUUAAAAAAUAUUAUCGAUGUAAUGUGGCUAUAUGCAGAAAAGUAACCUAUAAACGAAAACAAGUCAAACCAGAAUUAGAACUUUAUCCGUUCAUCAUAAAGAUUUAUCGUAAUCAAAUGAUUUCACAACAACAACAGGCAUCAAAUGCUAACUACAAUAACAAUAGUACUAGUAAUAGUACUCUGCCACCCAAUCAGCCUCUAUAUUUUGUUUAUCCAUUAAUUAAUUUUGUAUCUGCAAGUAUGUUUGGCAAUGGUUCUUCAUCCACAAAUGCUUCUCGACAUUAUUUAGUGAAUACACAUUUUAUUAGUCCAUAUCAGACAUUAAAAUCUGUUGCUGAAGAAUUAGCCUUUAAAUAUGGUAAACAGUUAGAUGAAAUUCGAUUAUGGUUAAAAUAUGGCGAAAAUGAUCUGAAAUGGUUGGAUUUUGAACAAGAUAAUCUGACUUGCGAACAAGUUCCCAUUCAAAAUAAUAGUGAAAUAUUAGUCGAAGUUCGAAAUAAUGACUUGACAUGGCCAGAAGAAUUGUAUACAUUGACAACACCAAAAACAAAAUUAAAUGAGAACAAAGAGACAUCACCAGCAGCUGUUAGUAUUGGCACGACUGGUUUAAGUAAUUUAGGGAAUACAUGUUUUUUAAAUGCUGCUGUACAAGCGCUCAGUUAUACAUACCCAUUGACAUAUUAUUUCUUAGAAAGAUAUCAUUUAUUUGAAAUAAACAAAGAUAAUCCGAUCGGUAUGCAAGGAAAUAUAGCUUUACGAUAUGGACAGUUAGUGGCUAAACUGUGGAGUGGUGUGAAAGGACCACUUGCACCCUUCGAACUACGUGGCUCUGUUGCUAAAUUUGGCUCGUCAAGAUUUACGGAAUUUCAACAGCACGAUACGCAAGAGUUUCUUUCCUUUCUACUUGAUGGAUUACACGAAGAUUUAAAUCGUGUACAUCAUAAACCAUAUGUAGAAUUAAAAGACAGUGAUGACCGACCAGAUGAAGAUGUCGCAAUGGAACACUGGAGUAAUCAUUUGGCACGUAACACAAGUAUCAUUGUCGAUUUAUUUCAUGGCUUAUUAAAAUCACAAGUGAAGUGUCUUGUUUGUGGGCUGAAAAGCGUCCGAUUUGAUCCAUUUAAUGUUUUAUCAUUACCUUUACCAUCAGAAAAUUCUAUUUAUUUAGAAGUGAAACUAAUGCGACUCGAUGGCUCUAUUCCUGUUAAAUAUGGCAUUAAAGUAAACUGUGAUUCUACAUUGUUUUAUGUUAAACAACAAUUAGCUGAAUUAUCAUCACUUUCUGUUGAUCAGCUAUCAUUUUUUGAUGUCACUUGUCAUUAUUUACGUCGUACGGAACGUGAAACAUUGAAAGUGAAAUUACUCAAUAAUGCUAAAGACUUGUAUGCAUACGAAAUUCCGUUACCAAUUCCAAUCGAUACUAGGCAAACGGACAAUGCACACAAACAAGAAAUGUCCAUGUCAAAACCAGUCAGUUCUUCAUCUACUCCUUUAACAUACCGUCCAUCGUUAUUUAUUAUUGCUUAUCAUAGACGUCUCGAACGCAAUGAACGUUAUAUAUCACCAAUGACUCGAUAUCGUAUAGUAUUUUUCGGACAGCCAAUUAUAAUUCCAUAUUAUUCAUCUUCUUCGACGACUAUAAUAACGAAUCGAGAUCUGUAUAAAGAUGUUUGUAAUCAAAUCGAUAGAUUAUUAAGAAAUGUUAAAUCUGUUAAAUCGGCAAAUCAUGCACUCGAUUGUGAUGAUUCAUUAGCAGAAUUAUAUCCAUUUUCGUUGAAGAAUGUAACAGAAGACGGACAAAAAUGUUCAAAAUGUACAUGGAACAGAUUUUGUCUUGGAUGUAAAAUUGAAUCAAAUGAUGAGCAAUAUAUUAAUAUUAGCGGUGCAAUAUGUAUUGAUUGGGAGCCUGCUGCUUAUUAUCUGAGAUAUUUGGCUUCAAGAGAACAGGAAGUAGUCAAUGAUUCAAGUAUAAAACUUCGUCCACAACAACAAUCAAAUGAUGAUCAUUCAAUUCAUCUAGAAGAUUGUUUAGAAUCAUUUAUCAGAUGGGAAAAUUUAGAUCAAAAAGAAACAUAUUACUGUAAAAAAUGUGAAAAACAUCAACAGGCUGAUAAAAAACUAGAUAUUUGGAAACUGCCACCAAUACUCAUAUUCCACAUCAAACGUUUUCAAUUGUACAACAAUCGUUGGAUCAAGUCUUCUCGUCCUAUUCGUUUUCCUAUUCAUUCAUUUUAUCCAUCUGCCUACGUGGCGACAAGAACACCUAUCGCUCUUAAUUUGCAAACUGAAUCAUCCUUGUCUACGACUACGGAUUCAACAAUUGAUAUAAAUGGCAACGAUCAUCAUUCAUCAUCCUCUUCUACUUCCACAUCGUCAUCACCUUCACUUUCGUCACAGAAAAAACGUGAAAUUGAGCAACAGACCAGUCAAAUAUUAUCACCAGUCCAUUUAUUUAAUGGUUAUGAUGAUUAUCCAAUAAGUCAAACUAAUAGUACAAAAUCGAUGCAAAAAGUGAAAAAGAAAUCCGAUAAAAGUAAAAAAGUACCUGCUACCCCUAAUUCAGCAGCAAUGUCCAUGUCAUCAUCGACUAGUCUAAAAAGUCCACUACACGAGCGAGCAAUGAGUUUUGGUGAAAAUAGUUUUGAUGCUGAUAAUGCUGCUUAUAAUUUAUAUGCACUUGUGUGUCAUCAUGGAGUAAUAGGUGGUGGUCAUUACGUUGCAUUCGUAAAAAAUCGCAUAACUCAACAAUGGUAUUGUUUCAAUGAUAGUUUAGUGAAGCCUGUCAAUGAAAAUGUUUUGGAACAGUAUGCAAGCGCUGCUUAUUUAUUGUUUUAUGAACGUGAGGGUUUGAAUUAUGGUCAAUAUAUGCCAGAUGUUGAUGGAAAAAAGCAGUCUAUGCCACUACCUGCAAAACCAGGCUCGAUCAAGGAUCCUGAAGUUGAGGGUCUCUUUUCGAAAGAUGAUCCAGAAAAAUUGUUUGUCGAUUUACGUGAAAUUGGGCAUGGAAAUUUUGGUGCUGUUUACUAUGCUCGUAAUUGUGAGACAUCGGAGGUGGUCGCCAUUAAAAAGAUGAGCACUGGCCGAAAACAAAAUGCCGAGACGUGGCAAGAUAUUCUCAAAGAAAUUCGAUUUUUGCGCGAAUUAAACCAUCGACAUUGUAUUGCCUACAAAGGAUGUUAUCUGAAAGAAUAUACCACAUGGCUUGCAAUGGAGUACUGCCUUGGAUCAGCUUCCGAUUUGAUUGAAGUGCAUAAGAAACCAUUGGAAGAAGGCGAAAUUGCAACGAUUGUCUGUGAUACCUUAUCAGCACUUAAUUAUCUUCAUUCAAUGCAACGCAUUCAUCGAGAUAUUAAAGCUGGAAAUAUUUUGUUGACAGAAGAUGCCAUUGUUAAAUUGGGUUUGUGUUUUGAGAAGUAUUCGGAUUUCGGUUCGGCGUCAUUUAUUAGUCCAGCCAAUAGUUUUGUGGGGACUCCAUAUUGGAUUGCACCAGAAGUUAUACUAGCCAUGGAGAAUGGUCAAUAUGAUGGCAAAGUCGAUAUUUGGAGUUUAGGAAUAACAUGCAUAGAAUUAGCUGAGCGAAGGCCUCCGUUGUUUAGCAUGAAUCCCAUGAGUGCAUUAUAUCACAUAGCACAAAAUGAACCACCGACGUUAAGUGAACCAGAUUCUCAUACAGUCGAUUUUGUUUCGUUUAUUGAUAUGUGUUUGCAAAAAGCACCGAGUGAUAGACCGACAGCAAAUGAAUUACUAACAACCCCAUUUAUAACGAGUAAAAGUAGUCGUGAAAUUUUGAUUGAUUUAAUAAGGCGAACUAAAGAAGCUGUACGAGAAUUUGAUAACAUUCGUUAUCGGAGAAUGAAAAAAAUAUUAAUGGGGCAAGAAAGUCCAAAAAAUACGAGCGAUAUAUCGUCGUCAACUGUUGAUAUUCUGGAUGAUGGCAGUAACGGAGCACCGGAUUAUUUUCAUUCAAUUGAUGAUGAAGAAAAAAGCACCGAUUAUCCAACAUAUCCAGAUGAUGAAAGUCUCAAUUCAAGUCGUUCUAGUCUUCAACAACCGUCAAUAACAACGCCAACAACCGGUGUAAUUAGUAAUUUGGUUGUGAACGGUUUACCAAACGGUCGUUCGUCCAAUGCACAUAAUCAAUCAUAUGCAUUAUUAUCAAGCGCUCAAACUAUUCCCUAUAAUAACAGACGUUUUUCUUCUGGUGAUAAUCAUUUACAUCUCCAUCCAUUGACUCCUUUAUCAACCCAACAGCCAAUUAUUAAUGAAUCAAUUUUAUCAAUUAGAAAGUCAGAUACUAUUGCAUCCGAUUCACUCGCUGGUACAUCUGCACGUGCCAUAAAUGAAUUUUCAACAAUAAAAACAUCGCGAAUUGUCAUCAGGGAACAGCGAGAGCAUGAUCAAGAAGAUCAACAACGAGAACAAUUUCGAGGCUAUAAGCGUAUGCGAAGACAACAUCAAAAACAAUUAAAACAGUUUGAAGAACGUUGUCGACAAGAAAAAUUUGAAUUACGAAGUAAACUUGAACGUGAAUAUAAUCAAUUUCAAGAACAAGUCGCUGCUGAUAACAAUCGUAUAUUGGAAAAACAUCGAAAAGAAUCAGCUGACCGAGUGAAAUAUAAUCAAAAUCAAUUGAGAAAAUUAGAACGUGAACAAGAAUCCGACUAUGAUACAGAAUUAAAGCGUUUUUCAGUUGAACAACAACGAAGUUAUAAAAUGAAGAAAGAAGCGUUUAAAAAAGAAAUUUUGGGUUCAACUUCACGACCAAAAAAUGAAAAAGAAGAAGAGAUGCGUAAAGUAAAAGAAGAAUUACAAAUGAAAUUAAGAAAUGAGGAACAAAAUUUACGAACACAAUUAGAACACGAUCAUACAGUUAGAAAAUUACAAUUAAGAAGACGCAAAUUGUUAUUGUUACAUGUUCUAGAGCAAAAAUUAUUUGAAGAAAAAUGUACAAAAAAUAUGGAUCAUAUUAUUGCAAGACACGCACUCUUAAAAAAACAUCAUGAACAAACAAAAGAACUUGAGUUGAAACAAUUACAGAAUUUGCACAAGAUGCGUGGAGAAUUUACCAAUAAACAACAUCAAACAGAAAUAGCUAAUUUUAGUGAAUAUAGUACAAGAAGACAAAAAGAAUUGAUGAAACAACAUGCAAUCAAUCAAAAACAAUUUCCAAAAAAUAUUAAAUUUAAACAAGCUGAUAUAAAGAAGCAAUAUAAAGAUGCUUAUAAUACUCAAACACGUCAAUAUAAAGCAUUAAAAGAAAAAACACGUUUAGAUAAUCCAACAUUAUCACGUGAAGAAUUAGAAUUGAAACUGAAACAAAUCAAAGAUGAACAACGACGAAAAUUUGAUUUAUUAUAUCAGCGAUAUGAAGAAACCAUUCAAAAAAUGCUUGAUCAACAAAAUGUUAAACUCAACGCUGAUCAAGAACAUGAACGAAUGAAUUUAAAACAAAUAUUAGACGAAGAUCAACGAAAUUUAACAGCACUACAAGAAGAAAGUCGUCUGAGAAUGGAACAACAAAAUAUUGAUGAAAGACGACAAUUGGAUAGAAAUAUUGAUGAUAGAUUAACACAAUUAAAUAAACAGAUGGAACAAGAUUUAGCAGCAUAUAAUGAAGAUCGUACACGUCAAUUUCAAAUAUUAUUAGAACGUCAACGUCGGGAAUUAGAUGUUGUUGAUAAUGAAAUUACACAUCUUGGAAUUAGUGUCAACGAUUUAAUUGAUAAUGUUCAAGAUAUGAAUUUUUUUAAUAUGAACGAAAAUAAUAAUAGUAGUUAUCCAUCAGUAGAUGGUUCGAUAAAAUUACCUUCAGAAAACACUCCCAAUCAUCAUCAAAAUUAUCAUUACUCUCAACAACAACAACAACAACAAACAGCUAGCCCAUCGAGUAACACGAAUGGGCAACAACAACAACAAAUUCGAUAUUACUCUGAUCGUAGUUCAGUAAUAAGUUUACAACGUAGUCGUAGUUCAAAUUCAUUUCAUAAUAAUAAUUCGUCGGCAGCACCUAUAACGACACAAUCUCCACAACCAAUAUUAUAUACGAAUUCGAACAAAUAA